AUGAAAUUAAAGAAAUACUUAGAUCCAAAGCAACCAGUAAAAUCAAGUGAUUUUAAAACUAUGCCUAAGUAUUUUUAAGUAGGAACUUAUGUUGAUGGAAUGGGUAUUAAUUAUCUAUAUUUUUAAUAGAUUAUUAUAAUAUUAAAAAGAAAAAGAAAAUUAAAGUGAUUGAAUUGACUAAUUUUUAGAAUAUGAUAAAGAGAAAUAAACUACAAAAAAUUCAUUUUAGAAGAUUUAACAAAGAUAAUAAAGAAUCAGUAAAGUAAAUACAAAAUUAAGAAAAUUAAAAAGAAUAGCAAAAUCUUUAGGAAGAAAAAAUAAAUGAUGAUUAAUUAAUGUUCUGUGGAUACCCUAUUUUUAUGUAACUAAAUAAUUAAUAUUUUCUAAUUCAAAAAAGUAUUAGAGAAUUAUUAUCAUUAAGAUUACUAUUUAAUAAAAAAUUAGUAUUUGUAAUGAAAUGA